GGUGCCGCCCCAGUGCUAGCGGGCGCCGAGCGGGAGCCGCGCGGGAGCAGCGCAGCGACGGCGGCGGCAGCGGCAGCGGCGGCGGCGGCGGCGGUUGCGAUUCGGGGCCGUUGAGACGCCUCUGCGGCAGCUGGUGGCGCAGGUGGCUUGCGUGGACGCGGGCACGGGCGGCUGGCCCGCAACCGCAGCCUGAGCGCCCGCGGCCCCGGCAGGCGCUUUGGGACCCCCCCCACCCCUCAGGCAUCCUCUCCCUCUGGCUGCCCGGGGAGCCUGCACUCCGGUACGCCCCCUCGCCGUCCGCCCCGCCGCACCUCCUCCUCCUCCUCCCCGGGCUUCGGACCCCCCGCCUCGCCCCCGAAAUAUGACACGCGAUUUCAAACCGGGAGACCUCAUCUUCGCCAAGAUGAAAGGGUACCCUCAUUGGCCAGCUCGAGUAGAUGAAGUUCCCGAUGGAGCUGUAAAACCACCCACAAACAAACUGCCCAUUUUCUUUUUUGGAACUCAUGAGACUGCUUUUUUAGGCCCAAAGGAUAUAUUUCCUUAUUCCGAAAAUAAAGAAAAGUAUGGCAAACCAAAUAAACGAAAAGGCUUUAAUGAAGGUUUAUGGGAGAUAGAUAACAAUCCAAAAGUGAAAUUUUCAAGUCAACAGGCAUCAGCUAAACAGUCAAAUGCAUCAUCUGAUGUUGAAGUUGAAGAAAAAGAAACAAGUGUUUCAAAGGAAGAUACUGACCUUGAAGAGAAAGCCAGUAAUGAGGAUGUGAGUAAAGCAAUGGACAUAACCACUCCCAAAGCUGCUAGAAGAGGGAGAAAGAGAAAGGCAGAAAAACAAGUAGAAUCCGAGGAGUCAGGCGUAGUGACAACAGCAGCAUCGUCUGUUAAUCUAAAAGUGAGUCCUAAAAGAGGACGACCUGCAGCUGCAGAAGUCAAGAUUCCAAAACCAAGAGGCAGACCCAAGAUGGUAAAACAACCCUGUCCUUCAGAGAGUGACAUGGUAGCUGAAGAAGACAAAAGUAAGAAGAAGGGGCAGGAGGAAAAACAACCUAAAAAGCAGCUUAAAAAGGAGGAAGAGGGCCAAAAGGAAGAAGAUAAGCCAAGAAAAGAGCCAGACAAAAAAGAUGGGAAGAAAGAAGUUGACUCAAAAAGGAAAAAUUUAGCUAAAACAGGGGUUACAUCAACCUCUGAUUCUGAAGAUGAUGAUGAUCAAGAAGGUGAAAAGAAGAGAAAAGGUGGAAGAAACUUUCAGACUGCUCAUAGAAGGAAUAUGCUGAAAGGUCAACAUGAGAAGGAAGCAGCAGAUAGAAAACGCAAGCAAGAGGAACAAAUGGAGACUGAGCAGCAGAAUAAAGAUGAAGGAAAGAAGCCUUCAGAAGUUAAGAAAGUGGAGAAGAAGCGAGAAACAUCAAUGGAUUCUCGACUUCAAAGGAUACAUGCUGAAAUUAAAAAUUCACUCAAAAUUGAUAAUCUUGAUGUGGCCAGAUGUAUAGAAGCCUUGGAUGAACUUGCUUCACUUCAGGUCACAAUGCAGCAAGCUCAGAAACACACAGAGAUGAUCACAACACUGAAAAAAAUACGGCGAUUCAAAGUUAGUCAGAUUAUCAUGGAAAAGUCUACAAUGUUGUAUAACAAGUUUAAAAAUAUGUUUUUGGUUGGUGAAGGAGAUUCUGUGAUCACACAAGUGCUGAAUAAAUCUCUUGCCGAACAAAGACAGCAUGAAGAAGCAAAUAAAACCAAAGAUCAAGGGAAGAAAGGGCCAAACAAAAAGUUAGAAAAGGAACAAACAGGUUCAAAGACUCUGAAUGGAGGACCUGAUAAUCCAGACAGUAAUCAACCACAGCAUAAUGGUGACAGCAAUGAAGAAAGCAAAGACAGUCAUGAGGCCAGCAGUAAGAAAAAGCCAUCCAGUGAAGAGAGAGAGAUUGAAAUAUCUUUGAAGGAUUCUACACUAGAUAACUAGGCCGAUAUACCUGGAACAUAACAUUCAAGAAGUUUGUAAUGGUUUUCAUUUGGAAUAUUUAGAUUGCUGAAAGUUUUAAAUUUUUAUAAGCAUAGGUUUUGAUGUCUAAAACUUGUUUUGAGGGAGAAAAUCCCCUUAACUCUGUUUAAAAGUAAACAUUGCUACUUGUACUUGUGCAGUAUUGACAGCUACAAUAUACAGUACAUGUGGGGGAAAUCCAUUUUUGGAAAUGUUAAACUGCCUUUCAAGACAUUGGUUGUAGCAUAUUUUCAAUUAGUGUGUGUAUGUUAAUGUGUUAAUGAGAGUAGGAAAAAAGGUUACAUUUUAAGAGCUACUUGUAUACACCUUUCCUCUUUCCCAAAAUAUCGUGGGGGUUUGUGCAUAGUUUUUACAAAUAUUGGAUUUACCAGACUGUCUUUUCACUGUUUGUGGGUUUUGUAGAAGUUACGCAUUUUUAAUGGUAGAUAAAAUGUUACUUCUAUAUAAGUACUCCCUCCUUUUAUCAAAAGUUUAUUUUAAAAUAAUCUCAGUCUACAUUGUGCUAACAUCCUACUGCUUUGUAAUAAUGUGUGGUCUGUAUGCCUUUUUGUAUGACAACCAUAUAUCCCAACUGACAUUUAACUGACAAUUUUAUGAGGUAAAAAAAAUUCAUGUUAACAUUUGGAUAUAAAUUAGUUUCAUGGCAGGGAGCUCAGUUAAAGUCACAUGACUUAGGAAGAGUGAAAUGGGUGUGUAUAGGAAUGAAUCUGGUUUUGGGGGUUCAGCCAUCUAUAAUCACGGGCACUAGUUGCUAAAACAGAAAACUGAAGAUUAUUUUUGAGAAAUGUCUUGAGUUUCUGAAGUUUCUUAAAAUACUCAUUAAGGAUUUCAAUAAGUCAUAUUUUUUUAAUUGGAAAAAAAUCCCAUGACGCUUAUACCGUAAAUAAAAAGUAAAUAUAUAAGGAAACUAAGGUUAAUUGAAAAUAUGGCUGUAUCAGGAGGUAAUUUUCAUUUUAUAUUGUACAUGUGGUAGGACUGCAAAAUGUGGACGCAUUGAUCACUCCAAGGCAGCAGACAAAGGAGUACUUUGAUAGCCUGUAUAUUCUGUAUUUGGAGGGACUCAAUCAGGAAAACAAGGUUAAAAACAAAAUUCAAAGGUAAUUAAAAGCAUUUGAAAAUAUUUUUAACAUUAGGUCAGUUGUGGUUUUCAAUGACACUUGUCCUAUCUUUGGAACUAUGAAUACAGGCUUAAUGCAGUGUUGUGCAUGUGAGAUGCAUUGUAUACUUGACCUCUACAAUUCAAGUUUUGCUUUUCAGAGGUCUUACAAUGGAACUAGGGCCCACUGAUUUGAGGAAAUUCUUGCUAUUAAACCCUUCGUUACUUGUUUAGUCCUUACACUUUAAAUUUCGACAGAUUUAUUAGAGUUAAGCCAUAAGUGUCAACAUGUAAACUUGUUUUGAUUAAAGAAUUUUUCUAUCAAA